CCCCGCGGGUGCGGGCCGUGCGGCGAGGGCCCGCCCCUGCCACUGCCGCCUCCCCAGCCCAGGCUGCUGCUGCUGCCGCUGCUGCUGCCGCUGCUGCUGCCAGUGCUGCUGCCGGUGCUGCUGCCGCUGCGGCGGCUCUUGCGCAGCCCCCGCCCCGCGGCCGCGCAGCGCCGGGCGGGCUCUGGUAGGGCGCCAUGGCGGAGCGCGGGCACUGAGGCGGCGCGGGGCGGCAUGGAGGCGGAUUUCGCCGCCUUUGGGAGCCCGCUGUGCGGCGAGGUCAAGCGCUUCUGCAGGCGGGUGCGGGAGACCUACCGGGAGAUCAAGGAGGACCUCACCCCCUACAAGGAUGACCGUUACUACCGGUUGGCACCAAUGCGAUUGUAUACACUGUCCAAACGCCAUUUUGUUCUGGUCUUUGUAGUUUUCUUUGUUUGUUUUGGUCUGACAGUCUUCAUAGGAAUUGCAGGUCCUAAUGUAAUUGAAACUUCUGUAGCAAGAACUGACUUAAAUAACAGCAUAAAGCUGAAGCCAUUUAAUUUAAGUUCACCACCACUGUCUACUUACAACCAGCAGCUGUGGCUGACCUGCGUGGUAGAGUUGGAUCAUGAGGAGGUAUCCCUCAAAAAGAAUGUUACUAUGACAGUUAAAGUACUUGGGGUGGUGAAGGAUGGAAGUACACCAUAUGUUAAUAAUCAAGUUCACAAUCGGACGAGAUUACUCAGUUGUGCACAAAAAUGCAGUGAAAUCAUUGUUGCUCACCUUGGCUACCUGAACUACACUCAGUACAAUAUAUUUGUCAGCUUUGAAGAUCUAAGUAAGUUAACAUACAGCAUCCAGAAUAUUACUUUCACAUGGAAGACCUACAAUCCAACUUUUUCACAAGUGGAAAUAUGGUUCCGAUUUGUCUUUGUAGUUCUGACUUUUAUGGUCACGUGUCUGUUUGCACAUUCCUUGCGGAAAUUCUCCAUGAGAGACUGGGGUAUUGAACAGAAAUGGAUGUCUGUCCUCCUCCCCCUCCUACUACUUUAUAAUGAUCCAUUUUUCCCACUGUCUUUUCUGGUAAACAGCUGGUUUCCUGGAAUGUUGGAUGAUCUAUUCCAGUCACUCUUUCUUUGUGCACUGUUGUUGUUCUGGCUUUGUGUCUACCAUGGUAUAAGAGUGCAGGGGGAAAGGAAGUGUUUAACUUUCUAUCUGCCCAAAUUGUUUAUUGUUGGAUUAUUGUGGCUGGCCUCUGUUACACUGGGUAUAUGGCAAACUGUUAAUGAAGUACAUGAUCCUACAUAUCAGUACAGGGUUGACACAGGUAAUUUCCAGGGAAUGAAAAUCUUCUUCCUUGUGGUGGCAACAACAUAUGUUCUUUACCUUUUGUUCCUGAUAGUGAGGGCAUGCUCAGAACUUCGGAACAUGCCUUAUGUUGAUCUCAGGUUAAAAUUCUUGACUGCAUUAACAUUUGUAGUGCUUGUAAUUAGCAUUGUUAUACUCUACCUACGCUUUGGAGCACAAGUUCUACAGGACAACUUUGUUGCUGAGCUGUCAACUCAUUAUCAGAAUUCAGCAGAAUUCUUAUCAUUUUAUGGUUUAUUGAACUUUUAUCUCUACACAUUAGCCUUCGUGUAUUCCCCCUCAAAGAAUGCACUAUAUGAAUCACAGUUGAAAGACAACCCUGCAUUUUCUAUGCUGAAUGAUUCAGAUGAUGAUGUGAUUUAUGGGAGUGACUAUGAAGAAAUGCCACUUCAGAAUGGCCAAGCUAUCAGAGCCAAGUAUAAAGAGGAAUCGGACAGUGAUUGAGUUUGAUGUAGACAGACUUGCUCAGCUGGAAUUCACCCAAUUUUGAAGUUUUCCUAGAUGGACAACUUCCUUGGCUUCCUUAGUCUCCUGUCAUCUGAACAUGGACUCCCAGGAAGGAUAUCCUACUUCUGUUACUGUUUACAAAGUUAAAACUGAAAAAAAAGAACAUUCAAAGGUUGUGGUGAAAACUAAGAAACCAAAAUUUUUACCCAUCAUAGGAAAUGGCCGAUAGCAUGAUGUCUGUGGACUAACAUCUGUAAUUGUGUUUCCAUUUAAGUGUCACUGAUCAUAUGCUGAUUUGAAUUGCUUCCUUGAUGCUUGUUUUUUUGGGGAUUGUUUUUUAUUUUAAGGAUUAUGUACAGCAUACUGGUAUUCAUCUCUUGCAUUUGUGUUAGCUCCUCUGUAUGUUGUAUGUUGUUCACUGCUGUAUGAAGUGCCUCAUUUCCCAAUUUUCUGCAUUAGUCUUCUGAGCUGGAGGCAGGGAGUGAAAUGAUCUAGGGUUUUCUUUAAGAAUGUUUUAAGAGACAAUUUAAAUGAGUUUACCAGUUUUGUCAGCCUGAGAUAUAUGCAAACAGUCACACAUAUGACUGUGUCAUAUGACUAUUUCAUAUGAACUAAAAUAGUCACAGUGGUGCAAAAUUAUUUGUAUAAUAUAUGUUACAAAAUGUGCUUUGCCACCACAACAGUAUUUGGUUUCUUUUUUUGUUAUUUUAAACAGCCCUUUCAAAUUGAAAUAUUUAGGCAGCAACAUCUCUUAGAAGAAAGCCAGUGCUCUUCUUUCUGGGGUUUUUGUAUGCUGGAGGAGAUUGUUACACUUACAGGAAAUACAGUAUGAAAGUUUCAUAUAGAAUUACAAUUCCCAAACAUUUCAUUUUUAGAGGCUUUCUCUAUGUCAGAAUUUUAUUUGAAGUUGUAUUCAUAGAUAAUUAAUCUACAUCACAGGAACAACCAUCGUUGCUCCUGUAUUGAACGUGCAUGAGAAUUAGCUUUUGAGAACGUUCUGUUCAUGGCUCAGCUUCUUUAUCACUGUUACCACCUGUACCAACUGUUCACUAGCACAUUCUGUGUAUUCCAGUCUCUGCUGGAACAGAGUUUUAUGGGAAUUACAUAUUCCUAGUACAAUGCUGCUGCUUCUGUAUUUAAAAGUUGGUUUAAUCCUACACCAUUGUUCAGUUCUUUAUUUAAGUGGAAAUUGUUUGUUUCUAACUUCUUCUGUUUUCAGGUACUUGACCUGUCUAAAAAUACCUUUCUUUUUGUCAUUGAUUCAUAACUGUGAUUUGUUCUUGUAGAAUUUCUCUGCCCUGCUGCUGUAGUAAAGACUCUCAGAAGCAUUGUUAAUGCAUUAGACAGAAAAUGGUGCUGGCUUAUACUAGGGAUUGUACUCAUCACUGAACUAGUUUAAGCAGAAGAGUGCAAUGAAACCUUACUAGACUUGCUUAAUGAUACUGGGGAAAAUCUAGAUGUGUUCUGCUUUGAUGCAGCAACUGUUCUAGACCAUUCCUGUUGCAAUAAUCUCCUGGUCGCUGUUCCAGACCAUGAAGGGGAAAUUUCACAGGACAGCAGUUCACUUGGAGAGGACCAAACUACUUCACGUGGCUGCAUCCUUGCUGUUGUAGAUGAAACUGUUCAGAUUAAAUCAAUGCUCUACUAGAUACAAAUGUGGUAAGAUACUCUGUUUGUGCAAGAGAAAAUACUUCUUAAAAUUAUGUGAAGCUACGAAAUUUGUAUUUGAAAUUCAUAACUGUCUGUGCCAGGAAUCAUUUAUGUGUUAGAAGCCAAAGUACUACUGUGCAGGUACAGCAAGGAAGCUGCUGGGGAGGGGAGCUUUUUUUCCUUUUGUUUCUUAAUUACUUUGUGUCAGUUUAAAAAAACAUAUAGGAAUGCAUUAAAGACAUAUUUUAAGUUAAUGGUGUCUUUUUUUUCCAAGUGAACUGUAGUAAGCUGUACCUUCAGUGCUUUCUUUUACUUUUUUUUUUAAUAAGCAUGAGGGAUGAUCUUUGUAUCUCAUUUUUAUCAUUCUCCAAAUGACUCUCUUACAGGUGUUUGAAUUUGCAAAGUCAGACUUGGCAGCCAACUAGGCAGCCUCUGCAUACCCCAAAUCCCUUUGACUUCUUUUGGAGUAACAGUGGGUCCAGGAAUUAGGGAUUUAAAAAAUCCUUAUAUAUUUUUUUAAUCUCUUUGAGUAUGAUAUUGUUUAAUUCUAAAUUUGUUCUAAAUUACUUUGAAGAGAUCAAAUGUGCAAAGUAUACUGAUGUUUCUUAUCACAGUGUGAACUGUGUCAUGCUUUGGGAUUUCACUAACUAAAGAAAGAAAUUUAAUCUUUAGAUUAAAAUCAACUUUAGCUGAUGUUUUUCUUCUAAGCUGUUCUCAGCCCAUUUUCCUUGGUAUUUUGUUUGCAUUGGCUUUUCUACAUCACUACAUUCAAAGUGGAAAUAGGAAAGGUGAGAAUUGGAAAUGUACUUGAAGUAAGUAUCUCACUAUGAAAGUAGUGAGAAAAUAAUUUCCUUGCUAAUUUUUAGAGAUUAUAUUUAAACGUUUGCCAUGCAAAAUACUUCUGUAUUUCAUAAGUGCUAGAGCGUAGUGGUAACCUUGGUUGAAGCACUGUCACAUCAAAUUCAGUACACAGUAAGAAGGCAAAAGCAGUGAAGCAGGUGAGGAAAUAAUUUUGCUAGCAAGAAAUGUCAGUGUCAUUCCUCUUCUUUCCACAACUGGAAAGCAGAGACAGUAACUGAGGAAGAAUACUACAACAUGGAUUUUAAGCAGCCUGGGAGCAGGUGCCAUAAAUUUACCUGAGUAAAGCACUGUAACCUAGGGGUGAAACAGAAGCAAUCUGGACAAGGAACUAGCCUGGCUUUCCUUUGAUUACUGCUAAAAUAAUUAAAUAUUUUCAUCAGUAGUGGAACUGUAUUCAGUGAGAAAAGUAUGCAGGAAGGCCCCACAGCACACAGUGUUACUGUGCUAAAGGAGAUGUCAGCAAUUAAAUAACUGCAAGGCUUCCAUAUGUGCAGUGAUCAAGAGUCUUUUAAGAAAUCAGUAGUCUUUGGGUGUGAGCCACUCAUGGCAACAUGAACUCUGCUAUGACUGGAAUCAGGAAGCCUAAUGCUUAACCCCUGUCAGGAAUAGCCAGUGCAGCAGACACAUGGAACUAAUCCUGGUGAAAAAUGGAAGGAUGAUUCCAGCUAGAAAAGAUUUAGCUCCGUUUUCUUUCUCUGACCCAAAAGACAACUUUGGAUUCAGUCCAGUAUUUUUCCCCAUUUCCUUUUGCUUAUACCCAUAAUAACCUUGGCAUUAUUGUAAAUUUUUUUUAGAAGUUUGUAAAUAUGUAAAAUGAAAAUAUGGGAAAAAUGUAUACCAAAAUGGUAUAAAAAUGUGUAAGAUAAAUGCUCUGUUUAAUGAGAAGCUGUAAUUAAAUGCUGCAUUGAGAAACUGUGUAUGAGCAAGUGUUAAAUAUGCUACCUGUCUAGAAGUGUGUUAACAGCAAAUUACCCAUUUACGUCCGAAAACAUCAUGCUAAGACAAAAUAUGAAGGAAAAAACUAUUUUACUUCAAGAAAAAGUUGGGUAUUGAGUUUCUUGGAAGACUUAAUGUGCAUAAUCACUGUUAAAUAUGUUCAUAAUAAAGUUUUUAUACUGUA